AGAAGAGGAACACGUUUCCGCCAAAGGCAAAAUGGUGGAAUUGUUAUCAUCGCUGGCGCCCUGCAUAAAUCUAAAUAUCAGUCUGUACUAACUCUUCCAGAGGCGUUGCACUACAUCACCAUGUUUAAGAAAGCCAAGAGGUGCAAUUUCAGACGGAGGAAUGACUCAGAAAAUGAGGAGAGAGAGGAGGAGCAUCAGUCCGGCGGGCCCGGGGCUGAAGAUUCGGUGAGCCCGAGUGAGUCCACCAGCACCGGUGCCGCUCCUGGAGCAAACGCGCUGAACAGUCACGGAAACGGGGUUCAGGCCGGUGCUGUCAAGUCCAACAGAGAGAAAAAGAGAAAGAAGGAGAACCGAGAGGAGCCGAAAGCGAGUCUGCUGAGCUUCCACGAUGAUGAAGAUGAGGCUGAAAUGUUCCGUGUGAAGAAAUCCAACCACAGCAAGAAGAUUGUCAAGCUGCUGAAGAAAGAAUAUAAGGAGGAUUUGGAAAAGACCGGCAGUACCACGCAGGAACCAAACACACGCAUAGGCGGACCUGCUCAGAAUCUAUCAAUUAAAGAGGAGCCCUUGGAGGCCAGCAGUGAACAUGGAGAAGAAGAAAUGGAGGUGGACAGCACUGAGGAACAGGAGGAUGAGGGCGAGCAAAGGCCUUCGGGUGGAGCGUUUAGCCAAACUCUGUCGGCUCUCAGCUCACUCAGACCAGGCGAGAUCCCCGACGCGGCCUUCAUUCAUGCUGCUCGUAAACGGAGGCAGAUGGCUCGAGAGCUCGGGGGUGAGCCUCCGCUGGUCGAAAAUGACGUUACAAACAAGCGCCUCGCUCGUGAAGAUGAGAACGGCGGCAGUGACGACGAAGACGAGAAGAGAAUCGUCUUCAGUGGAGUCAAGAUAAAGACUCAGAGGCAGAAAAUAGCUGAGGAGAUAGGUAUUGAAUGCAGUGACGAUGAAGCUCUAGAUAAUGGGCAGGAUGAGGAAGUGAGUCGCUGGGAGCAGGAGCAGAUCAGGAAGGGCAUUAGCAUCCCACAGUAUACACACACAUUUGGGGUCCAAACCACCCAAUCCGAGGACCCAACUAUGUAUUACCAAGGCAGUUAUGAUGCACAGCCGUAUGGAGCGUCCUAUGCCAUGCCCUUUAGCUACGCCGCUGCCACAGUUGGAGCAGACAACAGCAAGCCUCUGAAAGCAGAGCCCUCGGUUCCCUAUCCCAUUCCCUCUUGUGACCUGACCCCUAUAACCACAGAUCUGGUAAAGAAACGUCUCAAAGACAGGCUGAGCUUCAUGCGUCAGGGGCACGAUUCCAAUGCCCGGCGCUUUGAGCAGAUCCAGGAGGAGCUGGAGGCCUCCAAAAAGAGCAUCCAGCUCCUGGAGGGCUCCUCACAGGAGGCUGCAGACAAAUAUAGAUUCUUGCAAGAAAUGCGAGGGUAUGUUGGAGACUUGCUUGAGUGUUUCAGUGAAAAGGUGCCUGUUAUUCUGGAGCUAGAGGUCGCCAUGCACCAGUUACUUCGGCAGCGGGCGUCCCGUCUCGUCCAGAGAAGACAGGAUGAUAUUAAAGAUGAAUCGUCGGAGUUUUCCAGCCUUUCAAAUAAGGCUGUUAUGGCACCUAAUUUGGACUCAUUCGGUAGAGAUCGCACAGCCUAUCAGGAGCUGGCCAAGCAAAGGAGGAUAGCUGAAAGAGAAGCCAGACGAACUCGUCGCAGACAAGCUCGAGAGCAGAAUGGCAAGAGAGCCGAGCAUAAGGAGGGGCUGUCCAGUGAUGAUGAAGAGACAUCCACCGACAUCACCAGCUUCAGCUCAGAAAGAGAUCGCAUUUUAAAUGAGUCUAAGAUGGUUUUUGAGGAUGUGGCGGAGGAAUUCCACUCACUGGACAGCAUAAAGUCUCACUUUGAGACCUGGAGGAAGCUGUAUUUUACAUGCUAUAGAGAUGCCUACAUCGGACUCUGUCUGCCCAAACUCUUCAACCCUCUUAUUCGACUACAGCUCAUCUCAUGGUCUCCACUGGAGGUGGAGUGUCCCAACUUUGAGUACAUGCUGUGGUUUGAGUCUUUGCUUUUCUAUGGCUGUGGGGAUCAGAGCGGCCUGAAGAAAGAGGAAGACGUAGAUAACAGCCUGCUUCCUUCAAUCGUGGAAAGAGUGCUGCUUCCCAAGCUGGCAGUGCUGAUGGAUCAGGUGUGGGACCCGCUCUCCAGGAGUCAGACGUCCAGACUGGUCACGUUCAUGCAGAAGCUAAUUAAAGGCUAUCCGACUGUGCUGCAUGGCGACAACCGCAACACACAAGAGCUUCUGAGGACCAUAGUCAUGCGAAUUCGACGGACUCUUGACGAUGACAUUUUCUUGCCUCUUUUUCCAAAAAAUGUAAUGGAGAACAAGAACUCUGGUCCUUACCUCUUUUCCCAGAGACAGUUUUGGUCUUGUUUAAAGUUAUUUGGGAAUAUCUUAAUAUGGGACGGGAUCCUGUCUCCGUCAGUGCUGAAGGAGCUUGCCAUGGACAGCACACUAAACCGCUACAUUCUCUCAGCCCUGCAGACCACAGACGUCAGCGAGGAACACAUGGAGAAGUGUCGCAGGGUGGUGGAGUGUUUUCCGGUGCAGUGGUUCAGCAGCCUGAAAGGACAGCAGACUCUUCCUCAGCUGGAGAACUUCUGCAGAUAUUUAAAACAUCUGGCCAGCAGUCUUUAUCGCAGCUGUGUGGCUGGAUCAGAUGUGGAGAAGAGGAACGUGAGGGAACACAUAAAGGAAGUGGUUAGGCUUCUUGGACGGCUCAAUGCUUUAGACCAUGUUAUUGCGGUUGCGUCAGAACACGGAAUUAAAGAUAUAAAGACUCUCCUCGAGAACAAAUGAAAGGAAAAGCAAUGGGACGCAUGCCUCCCUGACCGUUUUUGGAUGAAUCACACCAUGUAAAUACUGUGAAUAUUGUAAAUUUUUUGUGUGGCUGAAGAUUUUCCUUUGGGGACACACAAGUGGAAUCUAGUGAAGUUUCUCCUUCAAGACAGUUGAAAUUCAGUGUGUUUGAAGUGCACUCUGCUGUGUUUAGACUUUUGUAACCUCUUUCCUGAGGAGAGGUCACCCCUUUUUUUACGGGUUUUUUUUUUUUUUUUUUAAAUGGAUGGAGUCUCUUAAUGGAUCUUUUAAACUGUCUAUCACUGCAGUAUGAUUACCUGCAAGAAAAUACUACUCUACUCAUGCAUGGGUUUGGUGCUCUUUCCCUUCCACAAAGGCCGCACUAAAGCUGAUCUCUGAGAGCAGGAUACAUAAUGCAUCUUGUAAACAUGCAAAAAAUAUUUAUGCACAGCCAUGGGUUGAAAUGAUCCUGUAUCUGUGCCCAUCUUAAAACAGAGUUUUGCUCAUGUGCCAACCUCAGCCCUAAUUAAAUGAACAUGACAUGCUGGCAAACAAAACAAUGUGCUACAGUAACACAUGUACUUAUUUUUUGUUGUUGUUUUCCUGGAUCUUGUAAUGUUUUAUUUGCUUAAAUAAAGAGUUAAUAAUA